AUGCAAAAGGAGCUUGCAUCUCGCACAGAUGCAGAUGACAGCGUGCAGAUAGAGCCGCUGCUGGCAGAGUGCCGAAGGCGCUGCAUCGCUGCCGAGGCCGCACUGUACCGGUCGGAGGCCGAGUGCGGCCGGCUGCGGCAGAGGGCCGUCGACGCGCAGACGGCGCUGCAGGAGGGCCGCCACGCCAAGGAGAAGUGCAAGCAGCUGGAUAUGGAGGUAGCAGCGCUACGGCUGGAGCUCGAGGCCGAGAGGGGCAGAGCCGCCGAUCAGGCGGCGCAGCUGCAGAGAGCGCUCGGUGACGCCCGGGAAGCUGUUGCCGCGUUGUGUGCCGCGCAGGCAAUUGCACAGCAAAAAGAGGAAGCUGCAGACAGGUUGGCCGAGAAACUAAUGGAGGCAGAGACAGCAUUGGAGGAGAAGCACAGCGAGCUAGAUCAGGCGCUGGUAGAGGCAGCGGAGGGAACGCGCGAGACAGAAGCACUGUGUGAGGAGCUGAAGAGAAGGUGCGAUGAGCUGGACGCAGAGCGCGCGCAGCGUGCCGCGCUCGCCGAGCACCUGGCAGCUGCAAAAUUAGAAGCUAAGAGGGUAGUUGCACUGCUUGAAGAGGCGAGGGAUGAAGCGGCGGCAGCACAGGACGAAGCUGACAGCGCACAAUUAGCGCUGACAUCAGCGCGCCAGCAGCUGGCUGACUCAUCAGAGGAGCUGGCAUGCAGCGAAGCCAAGAUAGAGGAGCUGGCCGGGGCCCUCAACACAGCAUCGGACCGGCUCAGUAGCACAGCGGCUGAGAGGCAGCAGCUGCAGACGAAGCUGACGUGCAGCCAGGUGCAGCUGGAGGAAGCUACCGCCGAGCUGCAGCAGCUGAGGACAGAAAUGGAGGAAACCGGGAUCCAGCUUGCGGCCAGUCAGGCAGCUGCCGCGCAGCUGCAGUCACGCCUGAUUUCAGCCGAAACAGAGAAUUGCGGCUUCCGGGAGGAGAUUGCCAAGAUCGCGGCCUGCCACCAGCGCGAGCUGCGCUCUCGGGACGAGACAACAUCGCAGCUGAGAAAAUCGCUCAAAACGGCUGAGGCGGCGGCUGACACGGCUGCCGAAGAGGCGCGCGAUGCCGGCUGCCGCGCAGCUGCCUCGGAGACGAGUCUGCUGGAGGCAGUCAGCGGAAGGGAACUCGCGGCUGCUGAGCUGGAGGCCGCGCUGAGCGCGCUGGGAUCAGCCAAGCGCCAGCUGGCGGCCUACAGAGAAGAGAACGCCGCAUUACUCGCGUCCUAUGAUGACUGGCUGGCCGGGCGGACGGGUGGCGGCCACCGGGGUGCGCUGAUGUGGCACGGGGGUGAUGUCAGCGUUGGCGAGGACUGGAGGCCGGAGUGA